AUGAAAGCUGUUGUGGAGAUUUGCUGGGGAGCGAAUGUACGGGAACGAAUGCUCAGGCAUCUUCAGAAAAACCUACGGAUCUUACCCCUCUGGGGCCGUUACCAAGGUGUGGAUCUGUACUUAGAGCUUGCAGAUGAUCAGGAAUCCGUCAAGCGGUUCAUUAUCUUUGCCAACCACCCGCAAUUCUUCAUGUUCAUGAAAGGGACCAACGUUCGGGCUCAAGCGUUUCGAACAGAGCAAGGAGGCAGACAGGAUCUACUCUUGGAAGUAGCUUCUUUACUUGGGGGUAUUACCAUCAAGUCAGGAUUCUACAGGCUAAGUUCCGUACUGCUUCAACCAUUCCGACCAGCAAAAGCAGUUCGAGAGCAGAGAGACGCCUGGAAAGGCAAGGCCUACGCUGAGCUCAAAUCAGCCUUUCCAGGGACGAUGGCUUUUACUUCAGUGGCGAGGCCGAUUGGCCUAUCUAAAGCCGACGACACUGAAGUAUGGGACACCCAGCUGCCAGUGGUUGAACACACGCCGAAGACGACUGAUGCCAUAGCCAGUUUUGAUCUUGCCAACGAGAAGUAUAUUCAAGAAGCUCGUCUCCGAAAAGUUGCCCAGUUUUGGAGAGAUCUACACGAUCUAGCUGUUAUGCUUACGCCUGGAGUAUCCCUCGAUCUUGCAGACAAGCACCAGUGUCAGCAGAUAAUUGCAACGAUUGAAUCAUGUGAGGAGGAGCUUUAUGCCUGGGAUGAGCUCCCAAAGAGCUUACUUGAGAUGAUCCAAGCUCAAGAAGGCCUUCGGGUAGACCAGCGCCCAAUAAAUUCACGCAAAGCAGCUGAGACUGCUUAUCGCCUUCUCCACUGUAAGGGCAAUCCAGAAUGUCUGAGUAUUAUUGGCCUUGCCUUCUCUAUCCUGAUUGCAUACGGUUGGGCUAUUCGUCGAACACCAAGGGCCAGAGUCCUGGAUUUGAUGGUCCUCGGAGCACCGCCCAGAGAUAUUGUGUCCCGAGUGUGUUCCGCCUGUGGAGGGAGAGUUUUGGACGACUCUUCCGCGUAUUACGCUAAGAACAACCUCAAUUAUUACGUUGUGAGAAGUUCUAAGACUGGCUGCGGGCUCAUUAACUGCAAAGGUGGUAAUAUCCUUCUCCACCCUCUGGCAAAAGGUCAAAACUACGUGCGUGCACUGACUGAUACACUGGAGAGAAUUCCGAAUCCUCGCGUCCGCGGGGGUGCUCCAUGGGAGAAGUACUUUCUUCGUCACGGUCAAAGUGAGCUUGGAGGUCUCCCAGCAACGGUUGAGGUGGACCAUUCAUCCAGCACCAACGAUCGUAGUCCGUCAAUUUACAUGUCCGAGUUGUCGGCGUAA